CGGCCACUUAUCCGUUUCCGGGUCACGAGUGAGGUUGAUUGCAGUGAGAGCUCGUGUUGUGACUUUCAGCGUCAGCAACUUCGUGUUUGAUAUGGCCCUGUUCUGCAGAACCGCAGCGCUUCUAUUGAAGCCAGGAGCUCUCUCCAUCGCUCGUCAGUACAGUGCAGGUGGUCAGUAUGAGUACAUCCUGGUGGAGAAGCGUGGAGAGAAUCAGGAUGUGGGCUACAUCCAGUUGAACCGCCCCAAGGCUCUGAACGCUCUGUGUGACGGGCUGAUGCUGGAGUUGGGAAAAGCGCUGGAUGCAUUCGAGGCUGAUGGAACAGUGGGCGCCAUCGUCCUUACUGGCAGCGACAGGGCCUUCGCAGCUGGGGCUGACAUUAAGGAGAUGCAGAAUCGUACCUUCCAGGAGUGUUAUGCCGGGAACUUCCUAGCUCACUGGAACAGAGUCUCUACCACUAGGAAACCAGUCAUCGCUGCUGUCAACGGGUUUGCUUUGGGGGGAGGCUGUGAGCUUGCUAUGAUGUGUGACAUCAUCUAUGCUGGAGAGAAGGCUCAGUUUGGACAGCCUGAGAUCCUUUUGGGAACAAUCCCAGGUGCUGGUGGUACUCAGAGACUGACAAGGGCAGUGGGGAAAUCUCUCGCCAUGGAGAUGGUACUGACUGGAGACAGGAUCACAGCACAGGAGGCUAAGCAGUCAGGUCUGGUGAGUAAGAUCUGUCCAGUAGACCAAUUGGUGUCAGAAGCUAUUAAAUGUGGGGAGAAGAUCGCUGCCAACUCCAAGAUCGUGUCUGCCAUGGCUAAAGAGGCCGUCAACGCAGCCUACGAGCUGACGCUGGCUGAAGGGAAUCGUCUGGAAAAGAGAUUAUUUCACUCUACCUUUGCCACGGAGGAUCGUAAGGAGGGCAUGACCGCGUUUGUGGAGAAGAGAAAGGCCAAUUUCAAGGACCAGUAGAGGAGCAAACACAAAACCCAACAGACCAGGAUGUAAAUCUCCAAUCCAAGGGUUCCUGAAGGCUGUGUCCUGACUUAAUAUCUUGACUCAUGACUCUGAUGUUGGCUUAGAUGAGAUUUAAGUAAUCUAAACUGGAGAUUAUUGUGAAAAUCAGACUUUUACAUGUCUUGUUGGGUGUAAAUGACAGAGGCCAAGCGAUAUCAGUCACAACUGCUAACACACACUUAACACAGCCUUUUCACUGUCCAACAGAAUCUCACAUUUUUUAGAAAAUGAAUUUGUCCUGUGUACAUUGUGCAAAUAAAGCCGUAGACAGAUA